GCGAGAACUGCACACAGCAGCUGCAUUUCGUAUAUAAAGCUGUGGGCUGCUUCGUGCAAGACAAGAAACCUCGUAAUCCACAAUGAUAGACGACAGACGAGUGCACCUGGUGCGCAUAGCUCACAUUCAUUAUCGUCACCAUGAUCUUGCCAAAGCGACGCAGUUCCUGGAGGACUUUGGCAUGACGCAGGUCAGCACCGUAGACAAUCGACGCUAUUUCCGAGGCUACGGCGAGCUGCCCUUCAUCUACGUCGCCGAGCAAACAGAGACGGAGCGGGCCGAAUUUGUGCGGGUGGCGUUCGAGGCCAAAGACGAAAGCAGCUUAAAGCGUGCAUCGGAACUGCCGGGUGCGACGCCGAUCAUGGAGCUACAAAGCCCAGGCGGAGGACGAGGAACCUCGUUGCGUGAUCCAAGUGGCAUCCAAAUUGAUGUCAUCUUGGGUCAGCAAUACGUCCCUGUCGAGCUGCCUAGAAAGCGCACCCAGGCCUUCAAUCGUGGUGGCCCAUCUGCAGAGGAAAAGCCAAGAGCUGCGGGCAACUUUCAGCGCUUCAACAGGGAAGAGGUGGUGCGCGUGCACAAAUUGGGACAUUUCGUCCUUCAAGUUGCAGACUAUGCGAGCUCGCGAAAGUUCUAUACCGAAACACUUAAUUUCGCUCCAAGUGACAUCCUCCAGAUUGGUGAGAUGGAAGCCGGCGCUUUCCUGCACCUAGAUCUGGGCACGCGAUCUACAGACCAUCACACACUGUUCCUCCAAGCUCUACCCCCUGGCGCACAUGGGCCAUGCAUUCACCACUCUGCGUACGAGGUGUACGACAUUGACCAAGAGUUCCUAGCGCAUCAGCAACUUCAGUCCAAAGGCUACGAGCUGGCGUGGGGGAUCGGCCGCCAUAUUCUUGGUAGCCAAUUGUUCGACUACUGGCACCAAACGUCCGAUAAUUUCAAUCUCGAGCACUACGCAGACGGUGAUCUAGUCAAUGCCGCGACGCCUGUUGGAAGACAUCAGAUCACGCCAGGCGCACCGGUCGAGCAAGAGCUGUCGGUCUGGGGACCCGCCUUUGGAAAGAGUUUCCUGUCAAGUGGGGAAAUAUCCUUGCAGUAGUAGGAUGCCGAACGGUCUUCUUGGUCUUGGUGGAAGUGAAGCUCUGUGUUUGUGUAUCUCCGUUAUCGUGAAAGACACUGUUAGCGAAGUGUCUUUGAAGAAUAAUAUUCGGAUUUGCUGAUGAGC